GUAGUGUGACCAGACGUGCGCAGAGUGUGGAGGCCACUCCUAACAACCCUUUUCACCUCAAGAUGGCCCUCCUGUCCCCCACCCUGGACAUGGUCCUCACUGCGGUCUUCAGUGUCCUCUGCCUGGGGCUGGCCUUGGGCCUGCUGUGCUUCUUCACCUGCCGCCUGGCCAGGCCGCUCAGGAUUGGAACAUCACCUAACAUCAGCUAACGGGUUGACCACUGCCAGCUCACCCCUCCCACCCACCCACAGCGAUCGUACCCCUGGGCUCCGGAGAGAGAGCGGGUCUUGGAGUAUACACCAUGAUCUCACCGUUCUUAGUGCUGGCCAUCGGCACCUGCCUCACCUCCUCCUUAGUGCCAGAGAAAGAGAAAGACCCCAAGUACUGGAGAGACCAAGCUCAGCAGACCCUGAAAAAUGCCCUGAAGCUCCAGAAUCUCAACACCAACGUGGCUAAGAACAUCAUCAUGUUCCUGGGAGACGGGAUGGGCGUCUCCACGGUGACGGCGGCCCGCAUCCUCAAGGGCCAGUUGCACCACAACCCCGGGGAGGAGACCAGGCUGGAGAUGGACAAGUUCCCCCACGUGGCCCUCUCCAAGACGUACAACACCAACGCGCAGGUCCCCGACAGCGCGGGCACCGCCACUGCCUACCUGUGCGGGGUGAAGGCCAAUGAGGGCACCGUGGGGGUGAGCGCAGCCACCCAGCGCUCCCAGUGCAACACCACCCGGGGGAACGAGGUCACCUCCAUCCUGCGCUGGGCCAAGGACGCCGGGAAAUCUGUGGGCGUCGUGACCACCACGCGAGUGAACCACGCCACCCCCAGCGCCACCUACGCCCACUCUGCCGACCGGGACUGGUACUCAGACAACGAGAUGCCCCCGGAGGCCCUGAGCCAGGGCUGCAAGGACAUUGCCUACCAGCUCAUGCACAACAUCAGGGACAUCGAGGUGAUCUUAGGGGGUGGCCGGAAGUACAUGUUCCCCAAGAAUACAACCGACGUGGAGUAUGAGCAAGACGAGAAGGCCAGGGGCACGAGGCUGGACGGUCUGAACCUCAUCGACAUCUGGAAGAGUUUCAAACCGAGGCAUAAGCACUCUCACUACGUCUGGAACCGCACCGAGCUCCUGGCCCUCCACCCCAGCACCGUGGACUACCUCCUAGGUCUCUUUGAGCCGGGGGACAUGCAGUACGAGUUGAACAGGAACAAUGUGACUGACCCGUCACUCUCCGAGAUGGUGGAGAUGGCCAUCAAGAUCCUGAGCAAGAACCCCAAAGGCUUCUUCUUGCUGGUGGAAGGAGGCAGGAUCGACCACGGGCACCAUGAGGGCAAGGCCAAGCAGGCGCUGCACGAGGCGGUGGAGAUGGACAUGGCCAUUGGGCAGGCAGGCGCCAUGACCUCCUUGGAAGACACGCUGACCGUUGUCACUGCUGACCACUCCCACGUCUUCACCUUCGGCGGGUACACACCCCGUGGCAACUCCAUCUUUGGUCUGGCCCCCAUGCUGAGCGACACGGACAAGAAGCCCUUCACCUCUAUCCUGUACGGCAACGGGCCUGGCUACAAGGUGGUGGGCGGGGAGCGAGAAAAUGUCUCCAUGGUGGACUACGCUCACAACAACUACCAGGCGCAGUCUGCCGUGCCCCUGCGGCACGAGACCCACGGCGGGGAGGACGUGGCAGUCUUCGCCAAGGGCCCCAUGGCACACCUGCUGCACGGCGUCCACGAGCAGAACUACAUCCCCCACGUGAUGGCCUACGCCGCCUGCAUCGGUGCCAACCGCGACCACUGUGCCUCAGCCAGCUCCUCAGACAGCCCUUCCCCGGGCUUCCCGCUGCUCUCGCUGGCCCUGCUCCUCCUGGGCGUCCUGUUCUGAGGGCCCGGGCCCGGGCAUCCACUAGCCCAUCACGGAUGGCCAGCCUCCCCCUCCCAGCGCUGCACACCGCCCAUGGGCCACACCUCAAGGGGCCAGGGGGUGGGGGCACCCACAGCCUCUGCAGCUGCCGGAAAGGGGACCCGGGAAACCAGUCUGCUGCCAGCCUCGGCCUCGCUCCCCUCUGGAUCCUCCCCUGGGGCCGGACCGGUUCCCAGCCUCCUGCCUCAGCCCCACCCCCGCCCCCCCGCCCCCGCUGCCCCUUUGGCUAGCAGGGUAGGUUUCUUUUGGGCAGACAGAGAGUACAGACUGCAGACAUUCUCAAAGCAUCUUAUUUUUCUAGCAAACAUAUUUCUCCAGAUCCGGAGGCUCUGGAGCUUCCAUGGAACAUUCCAGAUCUGACCCUCCCACUCUCCUCUCCUCCCGUCUGGAACCUCCCAGGGCCCACCAUGCUCCUGUCCAUAUCUGAAGAGGAGACGAGUCCUUCUGUCCAGGAUGGGGGUUUGCUCACUCGCUCCAAGGCCUCCCGGGGCUCCCAGGAAGUGGGCCCCUGGGACUGGCUGCCCAACCCCAGGUGGCCUGGGCUGGGAGGGAGCAGCAGCCUGGCGGGCAGACACCUCCCAGCUUCGAACACACGCGCCAGCUCCUCCUUGAAGCGACUCUCCUGUUUGGAACGGCCAAAAACAAAUUUUUUUUUCUCUCUUUUUGGUGUUGGUUAAAAGGGAACACAAAACAUUUAAAUAAAAAUU